ACCAAACCGAACGCUCCUCCUGCUGGUUCGUCUAAAUUUUCGCUUCUUUGUUCUUUUUGUGUCUGGUCUAAACCGUUCGACACGGCUCAGUGUGGAGAGAGCGAAAGAAGAGCGCUUACCUCGAAAAGUUUGCUUUGACGAGAAAGAGCGGGUCCAGUUCUACUGCGGAUUGACGGCGAGGUCUUUAACUUAAAGCAGCUCCAAACAAACCUAGAAAACUAGUGAGGUCUUUGCAAAGGGCGCAGUGGAUGAGCAGCUCCUCUGUCAUAUUUCAAAGUUUGUUAGACAGCAGCAGACUGUAAAAGUAUUCAGCAUUACAUAAAAGACGCAAAAAAGGCAUGAAUCCUUAAUGAGAACUCCGGGGAGUGAGCAGACUCUCCAGACUUGUGCACUGCGCAAUAAAGUGGGACUGAGUUCCAGGCAGAAAGCUGGAGAGCAAGACGUAUAUGGACUGAUUGGCUGUGUGCACGCUGCCCUGGUGUGAUGCUCAUUUGGUUCUGUUUGAGUGAAAAUGAAACUUUGGGACAGUUUGUCCCACUGGACCCGAAUUUGGGACAGUUUAACGGCUUUUGCGGUCAAGCUUUAGCCGUGGACAUUUUUUUUCUUCCUCAAACAAGAGGCAGUUGAUGUCAUCGCAUAUCAAUGUGAAAUGGAUUAUUAUCAGUUUGUUUUCUUGGAAAUAAAUUCAGUUAAAGCUUUGAGAGCGGAAAUAUGAAGCCGGUGAAUAUUGAGUAUUGAUCUUACGUGGAUAUAAAGUGCACAAAUUCUCUUUGCUUUUCCUUGAAAACCCUGGUUCGGGGAAUUCUCUCUGCGGGUCACAGUGCGCUCAGAGCUCAAAGAAGAGACGCGGAUGUUCGCUGGGGCGCAGCGUGCAGCGCCGCUGCACAUGGAGCGCUCGGGGCGGCCGCCGCUGAUGUUGCUCGGUCUGCUACUCCAAAUCUGUUCCGCCGUUACCACUGAUCGCAUCAACUCCGACCGGUACGCGGUCUACUGGAACAGCUCCAACCCUAGGUUUUUUCAGGGUGAUUACACAGUGGAGGUGGCAAUCAAUGACUACCUGGAUAUCUACUGUCCUCACUACGAGGCAGCGGAGUCAGCCGUGCACAUGGAGCAUUAUGUGUUGUACAUGGUGAACUAUGAUGGAUACAUGUCCUGCGACCACCACAGAAAAGGUUUUAAACGCUGGGAAUGUAACAGACCACAGAGCCCCAAUGGGCCACUCAAGUUCUCUGAGAAGUUUCAGCUCUUUACACCCUUUAGCCUGGGCUUCGAGUUCAGGCCAGGACAUGAGUACUACUAUAUCUCAUCAUCGCAUCCAAACUUGGGUAGGAAGCCUUGUCUGAAGCUAAAAAUCUACGUCAAGCCAACAAAUGAUUCGGUGUACGACUCUGCGGAGCCUUUCCUGACUGACGAUACCACCGGUGGCUGCAGCCUUGCUUUGCCGUCUACCAUGUUGCUCACCCUCCUUCUCAUACUCCUCAUCUCCUACUCAUAGCAGCUUUCUGAGUCAGACCAAGCACCGCCCCACCACCGCUACCACUCUGAAAAAACUUGAUGAAGGAAACUAAUGUAGCUUCCUCUUACUGAACUUUGGCCUUUACCUCAAUAAUACUCAAAGGCUCUAACCAUCAGAGGAGGCAAGAACAGUGGUGGGGGGAGCUUGAGGCUGCAUAUCAACUCUGUGUGGAAUUUCUGGGAUCAUCCCUGCUCUUCUUUUAAUGUUUCUGUCAAGCUGUCAUAUAAAAUUGUGUUACAGAUCCACAAGUCAAGACUUUAAAGGAUCUCGUGUUAACAUUUCCAGGUUCCAUCUCUGAAUAUUGGUGCAUAAUGCUUUAUUUUUAAAACUGUGAGGGUGAUUUAUUGUAUUUACAUCCAACAGCCGCUUCCUGAGUUUUAGACAUUGACUUAGAUUUAUAUCCUGCUUAAGACACUAGAGAUCUUGUCCUGGUGCAUGGUCAAUAGUCCAAGUAAAUACAAGGUCAUAAUGACCAAAACUAGCAAUAUUGCCUUACAAUGAGCCAUGACCUCAGUUUCACAAUCAACCAUUGAUCAGUGGCAUAAGUAUCAAUCACAGCUAGCUAGGAAAAGGCUGCAAAGAGAGCAAUACAAGAUGGUGAAAGAUGUGCUCUUAGGUCUCUUCCUCAGUUGAGCAAUGGUCGCUCACUUUUCACUUUUCAAUGUCCUUGACUACCUGCUCAAGUCUUCCUCUUUGUCCAGGAUGUGCUCAUCCUAGUCUGUCUAGUUUAAUGAAACUGUGCACCUACCCUUGUUGCCACAAUGGUGAUUCUGUCUUUACAGCAUAACUCGUGUGUCUUCCUCUUCUUCAUGCUUGUAUUGGAUGUUGGGGGCUUUGCAUUUCUGAGGCAGGCUGCAACUUUCAUCUGAAGUUGCCAACCACAAAAAUUGUUUCACGAUGCAUAUUUUAUCCCUGUUAUUAGUUUCACUAGCUGGAUUUGUCUUGCCGUGAAAGCUCAACUCUUUCUUAAGAAUGGCUUUCCCUGCUUGAGAGAGUUGUCUGUCAGAUACAUUCAUCACCCACUAGUCAAAGUGCUUGGUGUGAAUUUAGCAUACAUCUGUCCGUUUCCACCAUGCAGCAAGUAUCUCAGACUUCUGCUGUCUCAUCUGUGACUAUUCAUGCUGUUCUCAUCUAGAAGCUAUCGGUUCCUGGGUUUUGCCUAUUGUGCCUAACAUUUAUAUGAAUGAAAUGGAGAAAAGCUCUGAUAUCCUAUCUUGGAACACCAUUGAGCCUUUGGUCCAGAUAUAAAUGACAAUCUGGUGGACAAACACAUCAAGUUCAUCAGUCUAGAUAUAAAAACGUUACAGGCGAUCAUUGUCAGACUGUGAAAUUACUAAUUCAUACACCACAAUGUGGGUGUCAUCAGGACAGUACAACAGAGCAAACAUUUUCCCAUACACACAGUGGCCAGGGAAGCUGAAGAACAUCAUAACAAAGAGACCCUGCAUAGAUUUGUUUUUUGUGAUUUGGUGCUAUGAAAUAAAAUAUAACUGAAUUGAAUUAAAUGUGGUUGUCCCAGUGGAGCAUUUGUCAAAGCUGGCAACAUGCUGACCAAACAAAAACCACUGAUGAACUGGUGUUUGUUAGGAUUGGACAGCUUUUCUUCUUAUUUAUUUAUUUAUUUAUUUUCACCAUUGUGAAAUCAAAUUCUAAAACAUAAUACACCAAAAACGAAACAACCAUUGCUGAACCAAGGAGGGGGCAUAAGAGUAUGUCUUUCACCAUAUUAAAACGCUGUGAUUGCAGCAAUUUCCCAACUCUGUGGUAGUACUCGUCUGCUUUGAUCAGUGGUAAUGGCAGUUUGCAUAUUAAUGGUGGUGUUUUUGUCAUGUAACUGCACUGUUUAAAGGUUGGGGAAGCCUACAGUUAGCGCAGACUGAAGAAGUCACUUGUGUUGCAAGGUUUCUUCCACUGAAAACCAUGUGUAGAGAUCAAAAGAAUAAAGUUCCUGGCACUAAAUAUCUUAAUAUCUUGCUGUGCAAGUGGUUUCAAGCUAAAGUUGAUAAUUGAAAGAUUUUAGACAAGACACUGGAUAAAAAUCUUGGCAAUAUAGGUAACUUUCUUUUGCGAUAGCUGCGAAACAAUGUGACAAUUAUUUAAAUGAAUACUUUCAUCUGUAAUUAAACUCAUGGUAUUUAGGGAUUAUACAGGUUAACGACAGGCCCCUUAUUUUCCCAGUAAACUCCCAAAAACCAAGCUAUUAACUUAGCUGUAAAUUAUUAGUGUAUUUGCAAUAAUGACCCAGAUAAUUACUAACUACAAACUGUAAAAGAAAUUGUUUAAGUGUUGAUAACUACACUAUGAAGUAUUGGCUUGUUAUAUUUAAUGCAAUUACAUUUUUUUUGUUGGGACAGUACGCAAUUUUACCUUCCCUGCGAGCAGCACUAUGUGACAGCAGGGAAGACAGAAUCCCUUUACAGUAGAAGAGCAGUCUUGCAAAAGCUAGAUACAGGGAGGGGCAGCUUUCUGCCAUAACUUUACGUAACUGUAACUUAGUUUUAUCUUUCAAAAAAAGUGUACAUUUAUUAUGAAAUCUUACUGUGAAGUAACGUUUGAUAGGGACUCAUUUUCAGGAACGCAUAUGAGCAAAAUAACAGUUACCUUAAAAUCAACCAAAAUGUUAUUGUAUGUUUUUUCUACUGUUCUAGGCAGCUGUUGGUUUCUUCACUUGUUGGUAACAAAAUUAAACAUAUUAUGUAACAGAUUUACACAUUUUAAUUUCUGUGUUAAAAUGUACAACUGCAUGUACAGUAUGGAACAUUUCCAAAAUAAAAUGCUCAAGAAAUUACUAGACUAGUGGUACAUAUCUAAAAUUAGAAACAUCCUUUCUCAGAGUAAUGCUGAAAGUCACGUUUAUCACUUCUGUGCUGGACUACUGUAAUUCGUUAUUAUCAGCAUUUCCUUAAAACUCCCUGAGGAGCUUUUAGUUGAUCCAAAAUGCUACAGCAAGAGUACUGACAGGGACUAGAAAGAGAGGAUAUUUCGCCCAUACUUGCUGCUCUUCAUUGGCUCCCUGUUAAAUCCAGAAUCAAAUUUAAAAUCCUUCUCAUCACAUACAUGGUCUUGUAUAAUUAGGCCCCAUUUUAUUUUAAAGAGCUUUACAGGACUGUAUCACCCCAGCAGAGCACUUCACUCUCAGACUGUGGGCUUGUUUGUAGUUCCCAGGUGCUUGCUCAUAGGCGGUUGACUGAUUGUUGGGUUUAUUCUGGGGUUGGUUAUUGUUAUUCUGGGGUCUUUACCUUACAAUAUAUUACAACAAAUUUAUUAAAGACAUAUAUACACUACCAGUCAAAAGUUUGGACACACCUUGUCAUUUAAUGUUUUUUCUUUAUUUUUGCAAACACAUACUGAAGACAUCUAUUAUAUGAGUCAAGCUAUAUGGAAUUAUGCAGCAACGAAAAAAGGAUAAAUAACUUUAUACAUAUCUUAUGUUUUAGAAUUCUGAAAGUAGCUACCAUUUGCUUUGCUGACAGGGCUGCAAUGACCUGAAAUGGUUGAAAUGAAAUGGACCAUCAGUUGUGUUGUGCAGAAGUCAGGUUGGCACAGAGCUGACAGCCCUAAUUUGACAACUGUUAGAAUUCAUAUUAUGGCAAGGACUAAUCAAAUAAGUAAAGAGAA